GUACAGCCACGUUCCUCCGGACAGGCGAUUUCCGCUGGUUGCCCCCUCCCUUAAGUACCGGGUUGCCCUCUUUCAUUUCAUUUCUGUUCUGCCUUUGGUCCCUUGCUCUGUUGGGCCGGUUUUCCGGUAACAGACCACUUCGAGCCAAUCAAGAAGCAAAGAAGAACACACACGCCCUCCCGCUCCCGAUUCCCUUUGCUCGCUGCCCACCAACCUCAAAGCCAAUCAAGACAAGCUCGGCUGUCAUCUGCUCCAGCUCGGUUGCCGUCGCCGCCGCCGCCGCCGCCUCCUCCGGAUCCCGGGGUCCAGAAGGCAAAGCCGAAAAACAUGGACGUGACGGUCGCCCCGCUCCGCGCCUGGGACGACUUCUUUCCGGGCUCCGACCGCUUCGCCCGGCCAGACUUCAGGGACAUUUCCAAAUGGAACAACCGUGUCGUGAGCAAUCUGCUCUAUUACCAGACCAACUACCUGGUGGUGGCUGCCAUGAUGAUCUCCGUCGUGGGGUUUCUGAGCCCCUUCAACAUGAUCCUGGGAGGAAUUGUGGUGGUGCUGGUGUUCACAGGGUUCGUGUGGGCAGCUCACAAUAAAGACAUCCUCCGCCGCAUGAAGAAGCAGUACCCCACCACGUUUGUGAUGGUGGUCAUGCUGGCCAGCUACUUCCUCAUCUCCAUGUUUGGGGGAGUCAUGGUCUUCGUGUUUGGGAUCACUUUUCCUUUGUUGUUGAUGUUUAUCCAUGCAUCGCUGAGACUUCGGAAUCUCAAGAACAAGCUGGAGAAUAAAAUGGAGGGAAUUGGUGUGAAGAGGACACCAAUGGGCAUCAUCCUGGAGGCCUUGGAACAGCAGGAGGAAAGCAUCAGCAAAUUCACUGACUAUAUCAGCAAAGUGAAGGAAUAAACCAUUUACCUGAGGAUAGCAUUGCAGCAGAAAUUGAGUUGCAAUUUGUCCUUGUCCAGACCUACUCUUUGUUUGUGUUUUUUCAGUAGGAGGUGCACGUUUUAUGGCAGCAUGCCCAUGCAGGCCGCACUCUUAAUAUCUCUGACGUCCCCGGAAGAAAACCACCCUCCUGUUGUCUGAGGUUUCCAGUGUGGCAGUGAAAGAGAAUUAUGGAUUCUCGUAGGGGUAAAAAAAGAAAAAAAAAAUUGUAAAAGAUCAAGGCAAUAGGAGUCAAUGAAAAGGCUGUCAAAGGAAAAGAAAAAUAAAUAAGUAGAGGCAAAGCUGUCAAAAUGGAAGACGUGGUGUGUUAGCCUGUUCUGAAUCCUUCCUGGCGCUUUCUCCAAACUUCCCCGGGAUUGUAAUGUGUGAGGUAUCAGUUAGUUCAGUUUGUAUGAUUAUUCUUUAAAAAAAUCAAAGAUGAUUCUACCAUUUUGCUGCCUGUUUGACCUGCCGUACAACUGGAUAAGCCGGUUGUGUACCCUUUGUUUAUGAAUGUAAAGAUUUCUGUUCAAGAGAAUAUUUUGUUAAAUUUUUGUAAAUGUUUGGAAUGGUAGCAAUGUGUGUUCACCAGCAGGUAUUUGUCAUCUACCUUCAGGAGGUUACAGCUACGUAACCAAGAUUAUCCUUGAUGGAUGUUUAAAAAACAAACAAAUAAAACUGAACUUAAGUUCUGUU